UGAUGCCGUUGGCAUUACGCCGUUUGGUUAUCUAUCUUCUUCCACUGCACAGGCAAGCAAAGCCAACGCCUGCCGUUGAUGGUGACUAUCUGGUUCCGACCGACACCGGUGCGGCUGUUAAACGCGGAUCACUCGUUGUUGGUGAUAUGAACCCACCUGCCUCAAAACGCGGUGCUGUGGAGUCAGUGUGUUAUGAGCAAUUUGACGAUGACCAGCUACCACUGGUGGCAGCAGAGCAACCCCCAAACAUCAGUCGGGCUGGAUCACUACGGGCUCCUGUCGAAUCAGUCUGCUAUGAAGCAUUUGCUGAAGAUGAAAUUCUGAGUCCUCCGGCAGCUGGUAGCAGCAGCAGUGCAGGUCCUGCAAUGCCAGCAGUAGUGGAAGCCCAGGCCUACGAGAACUUGGCAGAGCCCAAUCCUGCAGCUAGUCCUAGACUCAGCAUCCCACCUCCUCCUACUGCUCCACCUCCUCCGAGCUCCCUACCGCCGCCUCCAACCCAGCCACCCCCACCAAGCUCUCCACCGCCGUCUGCCGUUCCCCCACCUCCGAGUUUCCCACCGCCUCCUGAGAAUUCUGGAAUUGCAAUCGGCAACUAUGAGAACCUUGCUGAUCCUCCUGUGCCCGCUGGCAGGGGCUCUGAUAUUCCAGUUGGUAAUUACGAGAACUUUGCUGACCCUCAACCUCCUCCCAGCAAUAGCGGAGGAGCUCCGGGAGCGAUUGCUACAACAAACUAUGAAAACUUUGAAGUAGCAGCACCUGCAAGUGUUGGUGGAAAAACAGUUGAUUCGAGCCGUGGCGCAGUCGCUUCCAUUUGCUAUGAGAACAUUGGUGACCAGGAGAAGUCAGCAUCAACAGCAGCAGUAGUCAGAGCUCCAGUCAGUGAAGACCCAUUUGACUACAGAGAACCAGCAGCAGCAGCAGCAUCAACAAGCAAACAAAACGCACAUCUUAGCAUGUACGAGAAUCCAGAAGAUUACUCAGAAGCCACGCUCAGGAAAGCACGUGAGAGUUCAGCACCAUCUACUGUAGCUAGUCCUCAGGCAGUGGACAGUGUGAAAGAGGGUGACACCCUGCCCUCAUCUGUAUCUGGCUAUCAAGCAAUGCAAGAAGGUCUGGAUGCAGGCAUGAGCGAUGUGUCCAUGAGAUCCAGGACUGUGACAAUAACUGCCGUCAUGUAAGGAGCUUGAUGACUAGCAACGCUGGCAACUCGACGUCCCCCGGGGACUGGAGCAGAAUCGUUUUUGUACAUAGUGUUGUAUGAGCAUAAAAUGAGCAUAUUAAUGUGUCCCAUGACCCUGCUGCACAAGUCUUAUGAUCUGUAUGCUAGGUCAUAGUUUGAUUUUCCUUGAUUUUGAAUUCAUGUUAGUACAUCGGUUAGUAUUCACAUAGAACACCAGUAGUAGCACAGAGCCAGUGUGCUUAGGACCAGGACAUUUGCUAAAAGCUGAGACUUAGAAAAGAUGAAAACUCGUACUGUCUAAGUAGGCGGACGGCCCAAUUUUCUGUUCCCAAAGGAGAUUUUUGCACAUGCUUUCUUUGCACAAGAUACAGUAGGUAUUCACUAGUUUGACAGUAGGUAGGUUCUAUUUAUGAUGCACAAACACCACACAUACCGUAUCCAGAUCCGGGACAGCCAGGAUCAACUGCAUGGAAAUAAUCUGGCCGAGUGGAGAGGCUGGACCUCUAUUAUUUUCUGCUACUGCAUAGCCCUGAUAGGCGGCUAGAUGCUGCUGCUUGCCUCAUUGCUGUGCUGGAUCUUGAUUUGUUUUAGCUGCCUCCAAUCCUAGCGCUCAUAAUCAUGACUAUAAUUCUGUUAGAAUACUCGGCCCUAAGAGUACCCCACCCCUGGGUACCCAAAGCGUA